CCCCUCGGGAUGUGUUUACAGUUCAUGAGGACCUCAGCUGCGCUUUGGCGCUGCCUUCCUCUUUCCCAGGAUUGUCAAUGGCAGGAUACCAGCUCUGGUCACCAUGGACCCCACUGGAUGAGAGCUUCCAAUGGCUGCGGCAUACAACACCUACCCCUUCCUCCAAACACCCAUUUAGGGCUUCCCCCUGCUUUGCACACACCCCCUCUGACCUUGAAGUGCAGCUAUGCUUUCAAGAGGUCACUCUAGUCUUAGACAGCCCAUUCCUGGAACCAGGAGUAAGUCCCAAGUUACCCUGUCACACAUCAGACCUCCGAACCAUGAACAACAAGAAAGGACUAGUCAGGAAGCCCCAGCCUGUCCGCCUCAGUGGAGUGGAUUCUGUCUUUGGCAGGGUCAUCACGGCUCAGCCACCCAAGUGGACGGGGACCUUCAGAGUUUCAGACAAGUCAGCAUUUUGCAAAAUUAUCAGCAGGGAGCACCAGUGGCCCACUGGACUUAAGGAGCCUCAGAUUCAAAUGACAGUGACUAUGUGCAAACAGAUGCUACGCUCUAUCCUCUUGCUGUAUGCAACCUACAAGAAGUGCACUUUUGCCUUGCAACACUCCAAGUAAAGGGUCCUGUCUGGCUGACUGAUGUGCAGUUGUUCACACCAUGCCCUUUGGUAUGUACCUGAAGCUCACACAAACCUGUCCUGGUAAAUGGAACUGGGCUAUCGCUCCAGAUAUUUUGCUUUUCUGUCAAGCAGUGACAAUGCAGGAGCCCCUUUCCUCCUUUUCUGUCCAAAAACAGGACCAGUGAUACAGAGCAAGGGAGAACAUUUCCAUUGUAAAGUUGAACAACAGUUUAAGAGAGUCAAACUAGUAUUGACAUGUACAUGUG